CGAUGGUUGUGAAAGGGAGGAGAGGAAGAAGGAAUAAACAGGAGGGCAAUUGUAUCCUCUGGACGUCGUGGCAUCACAACCUUUUCUUUCCAUGACCGGUUUCACCGACCCACGCUAAAACUUCCAUACCUUCUCCUCCUCCCUCCCAUCCCCGUCCUAGUUGCCAGUGGAAUUUCGGGCGCGCCCCCCCUUUUUUUGAAGGUUUGCCGUGCGCCUGCGCAGUCGUCAUCGCUGUCGCCGGUCUGUUUCCCCCCCCUCCCCUCAACCCCCUCCCUCCCUCUUUGGAACAGAAUCGUCGUCGUCGUCGUCUUCAUCACCCCGUCAGCGGGAAGGAGCAGGCGAGGCGCCGCCGUCCUGACAAGAAGAGUUGGCGAGCAGCAGCAGCAGCAGCCGCCGCCGCCGCCGCUGUGUCUGGCAGAAAGGGUCAUAAUUCGGAAAUGGAUCUUGGACCUUCAUUUGACAAAACCAGCGUUUCUUCCGAAACACUUUCAGUAUUAAAUGAAGAAUAUGUGUUGGUUAAUAAGCAUACAGAGCAUCAUUCUGCGAAAGAUGAAAAAAUCCAGCUCAUGAUAUUUCCAAAUAAAGUUGGACAAGUGGAAAAAGCUAUGGAAGAAAUUCUGAAGGAUUCUGACGAAGGCCAGAAAGAUAACACUGUGGAUUGUUCAGAUGGGAGAAGUGUUAGUAGGGAAUCGCUUGGAGACAGUUCUGUCAGCCAGCCUUCAGUACAUCUUCUACUGGAUCUUCCCACCACAGAAGCUCUGUCUCAGAGAUCCUGUCUUCCUGUUACACCCUCAGAAGAAGACAGUGUAUCGUUCAACAAACUGACCUACCUUGGAUGUAUGAAAGUUUCUGCACCUCGUAGUGAAUCGGAGGCUUUGUGUGCAAUGGCAACUUUGAAAAAUUCAAGUCGUUCACUUUUCCCUAUAACACUGUAUGUUCCAAAUAUUCCAGAUGGUUCAGUUAGAAUAAUAGAGCAGUCCAGUAAUGCCGAAAUUGCUUCUUUCCCAAUCUACAAUGUGCUAUUCUGUGUUCGUGGGCAAAAUGGGACGGCGGAAUGCGACUGUUUUGCAUUUACUGAGAGCUUUUCUGACACUGAUACAUUCCAGAUUCAUGUCUUCUCCUGUGAAAUAAAAGAGGCAGUCAGCCGAAUUUUGUAUAGUUUCUCAACAGCAUUCAAACGUUCCUCCAGACAAGAAUCUGAUCAUACAAAGGACACUAUUGUCCCAACACCUGAUAGCAAUAUAUUCACUUUCAGUGUUUCUCUGGAGGUCAAAGAAGACGAUGGUAAAGGAAACUUCAGCCCAGUACCAAAGGACAGAGAGAAAUUUUAUUUCAAAUUAAGGCAAGGAAUUGAGAAGAAGGUUGUGAUCACUAUCCAACAGAAUUCCAACAAAGAAUUGGCCAUUGAAAGGUGCUUUGGGAUGCUGCUAAGUCCAGGCCGAAAUGUGAAAAAUUGUGACAUGCAUUUACUGGAUAUGGAGUCCAUGGGGAAAAGCUCUGAUGGAAAAUCUUACAUUAUUACAGGGAUUUGGAAUCCUAAAACACCUACCUUUUUGGUUCUAAAUGAAGAAACUCCGAAAGAUAAGCGUGUAUACAUGACUGUGGCAGUAGAUAUGGUGGUCACAGAAGUAGUAGAACCAGUUCGUUUUUUGCUAGAGACACUUGUACGUGUGUAUCCUGCCAAUGAACGCUUUUGGUACUUCAGCAGAAAAGCUUACACAGAAACAUUUUACAUGAAAUUAAAACAGUGUGAGGGGAGGAACCACACAAGAGCUGGAGAUGCAAUUUAUGAAGUUGUGAGUCUGCAUCGAGAUUCUGAAAGAGAGGGAGAACCAAUCAGUGGGUCAAGUGAUGUUGAUCAGAUAUCUCCACAGGAGGAAGAUGCUGAAGAGGAGAGUGAUAAUGAACUCUCAAGUGGAACUGGUGAUGUAUCAAAGGACUGUCCAGAGACGAUUUUGUAUUCUUGGGGAGAAUUACUGGGGCGAUGGCACAAUAACCUUGGUGUGCGGCCAAAAGGACUUUCUUCACUGGUGAAGAGGGGCAUUCCAGAGGCCUUAAGAGCUGAGGUCUGGCAGUUGCUGUCAGGUUGCCAUGAUAACCAGGCACUGCUGGAUAAAUACAGAAUUCUCAUCACAAAGGAAUCUUCCCAAGAGAGUGUAAUUACACGAGACAUUCAUCGUACAUUCCCAGGACAUGAAUAUUUUAAAGAUACUGGAGGAGACGGACAGGAAUCUCUAUAUAAGAUCUGUAAGGCAUAUUCAGUCUAUGAUGAAGAAAUUGGUUACUGUCAGGGUCAUUCCUUUCUUGCUGCAGUUCUCUUGUUACACAUGCCUGAGGAACAAGCAUUCUGUGUGCUGGUGAAGAUCAUGUAUGACUACGGCCUGCGAGACCUCUAUAAAAACAACUUAGAAGAUCUUUGCAGCAAAUUUUACCAGCUAGAAAAACUUAUUCAGGAGCAGUUGCCUGAUUUAUACAAUCAUUUCUUGGAACAGAACCUGGAAGCUCAUAUGUACGCAUCUCAGUGGUUUCUCACUCUUUUCACUGCCAAGUUCCCACUCUGCAUGGUCUUCCAUAUAAUUGAUUUGCUCCUUUGUGAGGGACUGAAUGCAAUUUUUAAUAUAGCCUUGGCUCUUCUGAAGACCUCCAAGGAGGAUCUUUUACAAGCUGAUUUUGAAGGGGCUUUGAAGUUCUUUAGGGUGCAGCUUCCCAAGAGGUAUAGAGCUGAAGAGAAUGCUAGAAGACUUAUGGAACAGGCUUGCAAUGUAAAGGUGCCCACAAAGAAGCUGAAGAAAUAUGAGAGAGAGUAUCAAAUGAUGCGGGAGAGUCAGCUGCAGGAGGAGGACCCUCUGGAUAGAUACAAGAGGGAGAACCGCAGGCUUCAGGAAGCCAGCAUGCGGCUUGAGCAAGAGAAUGAUGACCUUGCCCAUGAACUUGUAACAAGCAAAAUUGCUCUACGAAAUGACUUGGAUCAGGCUGAAGACAAAGCAGAUGUUUUGAAUAAAGAGUUGCUCCUGACGAAACAGAAGCUAGUGGAGACUGAAGAGGAGAAGCAGAAACAAGAAGAAGAAACAGCCCAGCUGAAAGAGCUCUUCAGAAAACAGCUGGAGAAGGCAGAAUCUGAAAUAAAGAAGACAACCGCAAUUAUUGCAGAAUAUAAACAAAUUUGUUCCCAAUUGAGCAGUAGGCUGGAGAAGCAACAGGCAGCAAGUAAAGAAGAGCUUGAGGUUCUAAAGGGGAAGGUGAUGGCCUGCAAACACUGCAGUGAACUCUUCAGUAAAGAAGGGACACUGAAAGUGCCUGCUGUACCCAGAGAAAGCCCAGGAGCGGAAAGAGAUGAAGAGAAAGAUGCCCUUAAGAAACAGUUAAGGGAGAUGGAGUUGGACUUGGCACAGACCAAACUACAACUUGUGGAAGCCAAAUGCAAAAUACAGGAGUUAGAACACCAGAAAGGAGCGCUUAUGAAUGAAAUCCAAGCUGCCAAAAACUCUUGGUUUAGCAAAACCCUGAACUCUAUCAAAACAGCUACUGGCACACAGCCACUGCAGCAGCCUCAGCUGUCAUCCUCUCCCAAAGAGGACAGCACAUAGUUCCAGAUGGAUCCCAAGCACAAGAGCACAAUGGACUAAGCAGCCAAAGCCCCCUGAGGAUUUCUCCAGAGCACCUAUUAAAGGGAGGAAGGGAAAGAGGCAGGGGAGCUAGCCUGAGAACAAUUUUCUUUGGUGUCUUUCAUCAGUUUUUGUAUGGCCCUUUGCAAAAGGAAGUUAUUUAAAGGAUCCUGUUUUAAAUGGAAUAUUCUUUCCCAGCUGCCUUGCCACAAGCCAUGCCCCGGUUCCUUUCUAUUUUACAUGUUAUUUUGUAUGCUUAGAUGUUUGAACUAUGAGUAACAAUUCAGAACUUUGUGUCCCAUAGAUUGCUAAAAUUAUUUAUAGAUUUUUUUGUUACCUCGCAUAAGAAGCUACUUUAAAUUUUGGAAGAAAAAAGAAGGCAGGGUAAAGUAAUAAAGAAGCACAUUUAUCAUAAUAACUAGCCUGUUUCCUGGCAUCUAAAAAAUCUCAAAGGUUUGCAGCUGUCAAUACACCUUGCAAAAAUGUUCCUGUUGUUUUUAAAGCCUGGGUCUCAGGCCACAUCUAUAACAAGUGGGACAACUAAACAAAUUAGGCAAAAAAUAUUGUUAUAUUAUAAAACUACUAAACAGGACCAUGUCAUAGAACCAUGCCUCUUUUGAUUUUGCCUUUAAUAAUUUUGUAAUUGAGUUCAUAGAUUGCGAGUACAGGUGCUCUUCACACACACACAUCCAUUUCCCUCUGGUCUCUUUUGCCAAUCAGGAGAACUUGGACCACAGUUUCACAAAAAUUCUUUUGAGGUUUAACUAAUAGAGGCUACUGAAAGUGAUCCUGCCUGGUAGAAUAUACCCUUUUGGUCUUGCAGUUUCCACCAGUGUUAGAGCUUGUAUAGGAGUCAGAGGACAUUCCAGGGUAAAUACGUCCCAAAUACUUAGAUGGAAGGUAAUUUCACUUAUGAUUGGUAGAGCAUUUUUUUCAGAUGAAUGCUGUAUCUGUCUGGAAAUCAUACUUGUUUUAUAUCUUUCUAAAAUGCAAAAAAAAUGCAUUUGUUACAUUUUUGAAUUGAACAUAAAGUGUUUAUAGAAAUGCUUAUUUCAUGGAGAAUUAAACUACUGCUUAAAUUGA